CUCAGAUCAGUAAGCCGAUGUCGCACCACUAAGUCCUUCGGUGUGCGAUGUCGCACCUCAUUCGACUGAAAUCUGCACUGCUGGCCCUACAGAUUUUGGUCGCACCGAGAUGCUCAUUGGGGCAGAUGGCCGUUGUCCACGACCUAAAAGCGGUCGGGGAUUACUAUGUGCCUCUAGAGCACGUCUGCGAUGGAUACCAGGAGCAAUGGGACAACUGCCCAGAUUUGGAGAAGUGCGGACCCUGCGAGCCUAAGGAUUGCAUCUUAGGGUCCUGGAGCCAAUGGCAGCUGCAGGGCGGCUGCACUGGGCUGAAAUUGCGGCACCGAGAAGUUGAGGUUCAGCACAAUCAUUGCGGUCAGCCCUGCAAGGGCUAUCUGACCGAGACGGAUAAGUACGAACAGGAUGAGCAUUGUAAGCCCAAGGGAAAAGAUUGCAAAUUUGGUGCCUGGGGCCAGUGGACCGUUUGUCAGCACAAAAAGGAUCAAUCCAUGAGAAAACGAGGCAUCGCCCAGCAGCCGGAGGAGGGUGGAGCAGACUGCAAGGGAGCAUUGGAGGAGACGAGACCCUGCGGUGGCCCUGCGGAUACCGACUGCCACGUAGGGGACUGGCACGAAUGGACCAGCUGCAGUGCUGUCUGUGGCAAGGGCAGGCACACGCGCAUGCGAUAUGUCAAUGCAGAGGCCCAUCAUGGAGGCAAGACAUGCAACCUCGAUCUCUUAGAAACGGCUGAGUGCGAGAUCACCAACUGCGAAGCCAGUUCCGAUUGUGAGCUGACCCAGUGGAGCGAAUGGACGCAGUGUGAUGAGAUGUAUGUCCAGACCUAUCGGCGUCGCGAGGUCAUCAAAGAGCCAGAAGGCAAAGGCAAACUUUGCAACGCCAGCCUUAAAGAGACGCUGGGCUGCACUCCGCUGGAAGCCAGCGACUGCGAGCUCUCAGACUGGCGCUCCUGGAGUGCCUGCACAGCCAGCUGCAAUGGCGGGCAGCGCUUUCGGGACCGCAACGUGCUGAAACCACCGAGGAGAGGUGGAACCUGCCCCAAGGUGCAGCUCAGGGAGACCAAUGGCUGCGGCACUGCAAGCUGUAGCUCCACUGGGCCACAGGAUUGUGAGCUCGGAGAGUGGGCUGCUUGGUCAGAUUGCUCCUCUUCCUGCGGUGAAGGCUCCCGGGUGCGCAGCCGCAAAGUGGCGCAGCUGGCGAUCGAUGGCGGUCAGCCCUGUGAGGGUUCCCUACAAGAGGUGAAAGUGUGCAAGAUCCAAGAUUGCCAGGUCAUUGACUGCCGCUGGAGUGACUGGGAGCGAUGGUCUACCUGCAGUGUGACUUGCGGUGGUGGCACCAAAACUAGGAGCCGCAACAUCGCCGUGUCCCCGGUGGGUGGAGCGCCCUGCGUGCCGCAUCACAAGGUGGAAGUGGCACCCUGUGGUGAGGAGAAUUGUGGUGGUGCCUGUCAGCACGGAGAAUGGGGCCAGUGGCGCGAAUGGACCGAUUGCAGUAGCACCUGCGGCGACGCCUAUCGUUUCCGGAGAAGGAACAUUGCGGUGCACGCCAACUACUGCGGCAAUGCCACCGUGGGCCUCAGGGAGGAGAUGGAAAAAUGCGAGGACUUGCCCUCCUGCACCCAGG